CUACUGCUUUACCCAGCGUUUGUGUCUGCUCAAACAGCGCCCCUGGGUGAACCGGAAAUGCCCCAACAUCUCGCUAUCAGGGUGUAUCUCACUGAUCUCAAACCGCGCUUAACCAAGAAAAAUUACUCUAAUUGGACGGUGUGAGUCAACCAAUCUAUACCCAUAAGAAAUGAAAAUUUUUGUCACCAAUUCUAUUUUUCUUACCACUUUCUUCUUCUUGUUCCCAUAUGUUGAGACAAGCUACCAAAUCAUCCAUUAGCCGCAGGCUAAGUGGCGUUUCUAAGCUCGCCGUCAAGUCGGGACUCAAGGCUACCGUGGCCUCGUAUCUGACUUCCAGGGCUGUCCCAGCCACCAGACCAUACUCCACCAGAUCUACGGUGGUCCAACUCUUGAACAACAUUGGUUCCAAGAGAGAGGUUGAGCAGUACUUGAAGUACUUCACCUCGGUGUCCCAGCAACAAUUCGCUGUCAUCAAGGUGGGUGGUGCCAUCAUCACCCAACAAUUACCUGAGUUGGCCUCCUGUUUGGCCUUCUUGUACCACGUUGGACUUUACCCCAUCGUUCUUCAUGGCACUGGUCCUCAAAUCAAUGAGUUGUUGGAGAACGAGGGCGUUGAGCCUGAGUAUAUCGACGGUAUCAGAAUCACCAACCCCAAGACCAUGGAAGUGGUCAGAAAGUGCUUCUUGGAACAAAACUUGAGACUUGUCACCGCCUUGGAAAAGAUGGGUGUCCACGCUAGACCAAUCACCACCGGAGUUUUCGGUGCUGAAUACUUGGACAAGGACAAGUACCAGUUGGUGGGUAAGGUCAAUUCCGUCAACAAGUCGUCCAUUGAGGCCGCCAUUGAAGCUGGAUACUUGCCUAUCUUGACCUCGUUGGCUGAGACCCCAUCGGGCCAAUUGUUGAACGUUAAUGCCGAUGUGGCUGCUGGUGAAUUGGCCAGAGAAUUUGAGCCAUUGAAGAUCGUUUACCUUAACGAAAAGGGUGGGAUCAUAAACGGAAACACUGGCGAAAAGGUCAGUGUUAUCAACUUGGACGAAGAGUAUGAAGACUUGUUGAAGGAAAGCUGGGUCAAGUAUGGCACCAAGUUGAAGAUCAAGGAGAUUCACGACUUGUUGCAACACUUGCCAAGAUCUUCUUCCGUCGCCAUCAUUGACGUGGACGAUUUACAAAAGGAGUUGUUCACCGAUUCUGGUGCCGGUACAUUGAUCAGAAGAGGUUACAAGUUGAUUAAUAGAAACAGUCUCAAGGAGUUUGGUAACCCAGACUUGUUAAGAAACGCUUUGUUAAGAGACCCUGAAAUCAAGUCUGGAAAGUUGUCGGUUGCUUCUUACUUGAAGACCUUAGAAACCACUUCUUUCAAGAGUUACGGUGACGAACCCUUAGAAGUGUUGGCCAUUGUCAAGGAUGACGCCCAAAUACCCAAGUUAGACAAGUUCUUAUCGUCGAAAACUGGAUGGUUGAACAACGUCACCGACAACAUCUUCAACUCCAUUAAGAAGGACUUCAGUUCUUUGUUCUGGGUGGUUCACGAAAACGACUCCAACUUGUCCUGGUACUUCUCCAAAUCCGAUGGCUCCUUCGCCAAGAACGGCGAAAUCUUGUUCUGGUACGGGUUGAACACCGGUGAAGUUUCCAACUUGAUCAAGGAAUUUGAUUCUUCCAACAUCGGCUCGUCACUCUCAUCCUCCAAGGAAUCUGGUGUGUUCAGCUCACCAACCCAAAAGAGAGGUAUUCACACCAAGACAUUUGGAAUUAGAUCCUUCCACUCUAGUUCUGCCAAUUUCAGCUCCAACCCUAACCCUCCGGUGAAGGAAGGUACCAACACCAAGGUCGCAAAGGUCGCCUUGAUUGGUGCUAGAGGUUACACUGGUCAAAACUUGAUCAGCUUGAUUGACAACCACAAGUACUUGGAAAUCUCCCAUGUCUCUUCUCGUGAACUCGAAGGACAAAAGUUACAAGGCUACAACAAGGGUAACAUUGUUUACUCUAACUUGCAAGUCGAAGACAUCAAGAAAUUGGAGGAGAACAAUGAAGUAGACGUCUGGGUGAUGGCUUUACCAAACGGUGUGUGCAAACCCUUUGUUGAUGCCAUUGAGUCUGUUGCUUCGUCGAACUCGAAGAUCGUCGAUUUAUCAGCCGAUUACAGAUUCGACACCACUGGCGAAUGGACCUACGGUUUGCCAGAGUUGAACUCCCGUCAGCAAAUCGCCAAGGCCAAGAAGAUCUCCAAUCCAGGUUGUUAUGCCACUGCUGCCCAAUGUGCCAUUGCUCCAUUGAAGGAAUACAUCAACGGUACACCCAACAUCUUUGGUGUUUCAGGUUACUCUGGUGCUGGUACCAAACCUUCGCCAAAGAACGAUGUCAACUUCUUGGCCAACAACUUGAUCCCAUACUCCUUGACUGACCACAUUCACGAGAAAGAAAUCAGUAACCAGUUAGGCUUGGAUGUUGCUUUCAUGCCACACGUCGCCCAAUGGUUCCAAGGUAUUUCCCACACCGUUUCCAUUCCAAUCAAGAAGGGCUCCUUGACCUCCAGAGAAAUCAGAAACAUUUACCAAGAAAGAUACCAAGGAGAACAAUUGAUAACCGUGAGUGGUGAAGCCCCAUUGGUCAGAGACAUCAGUGGAAAGCACGGUGUUGUCAUCGGAGGAUUCGCUGUCAACUCAAAGGAAGACAGAGUGGUUAUUGUGGCCACCAUUGAUAACUUAUUGAAGGGUGCUGCUACUCAAUGUUUGCAAAACAUCAAUCUUUCCAUGGGCUACGGAGAGUACGAGGGUAUUCCAGAUGACUUGGAGAUCAGAGGUUAAAGUUACAGGGAGAAUCUGACGAACGCUACGUAGAACAUACAAUAUAAAUUAGUAAUUAGGCACAGGUAGACCCCGGAGUGAAUGAAAUUAAGGAAGUUA